GGGAGGGAGGGGGAGUGGGUGAGCUCGAGCAAGAGGGACGGGAUUGCGGACUCCGACGCAGAGAUUUCGAAGCAUUCGGAAUUGUGAAGGUAACGAUGCUGAAAGCCGGUGAAUUGUCCGACAUGUUUGCCAGUAGAAUUGCCACCAUCAGGCGGCACAUAGCCCCGCGGUUUCUCUCCGCCCGAUCAUCGCAUGCCAAUGUUGAGUCUUUGGAGAGGCUGGGCAUUCGGAUUGAACCCAAUGUACGCAAAGCGCUGUCCGAGGGCCUUCCCGUGGUGGCAUUGGAGUCCACCAUCAUUUCUCAUGGCAUGCCAUAUCCGCAAAAUUUGAGUACAGCUAAAGAAGUAGAGAGCGUUGUGAAGCAGCAUGGAGCCACGCCAGCCACAAUAGCUAUCCUUAACGGCGUACCCUGCAUCGGUCUGACUGAGGAAGAGCUGGAAUUUCUGGCGCAAUGCGGAUCAGCAGCUGCAAAGACUUCUCGGAGAGAUAUUGCGCAAGUGAUCUCGAGAGGCGUGACUGGUGCAACCACCGUGUCUGCCACAAUGUUUUUCGCCGCGAAGGCAGGUAUUCAUGUCUUCGUAACAGGAGGAAUUGGAGGAGUCCAUCGGCUAGGGGAAUCAACCUUGGAUAUUUCAUCGGACUUGACCGAACUUGGAAGGACUCCCGUUGUUGUGGUUUGCGCGGGAGUAAAAUCAAUUUUAGAUAUCCCUCGGACUCUUGAAUAUCUGGAGACUCAAGGUGUCACAGUGGUUAGCUACGGUACUGAGGAAUUCCCCGCAUUCUUCACAUCUAAAAGUGGUUGCAAGGCUCCAUGCCGUGUUGACAGUCCGGAACAAUGCGCUGCUAUAGCUGAAUCAAAUUUAAAGCUCGAAUUACAAAGUGGGAUAUUAAUCGCGGUUCCCAUACCCGACCAACAUUCAGCCGCUGCUGAACAUGUGGAAACUGCCAUCCAAACAGCGCUGCAGGAAAUGAGAGAGAAGAAUGUUCAGGGAAAUGCUGUGACACCAUUCCUGUUGAAGCGUGUUAAUGAGCUCACUGGUGGAGAUUCCUUGGCCUCAAAUAUUGAGCUAAUUAAGAAUAAUGCGCGAGUCGGAGCGCAAAUUUCAGUUGCACUACAGGAGAAAAUGCGAUGAUUUGUGACAGCUGCGGUAUUCUGGGGAUCAAAGUGAUGUAAAUUGGAAAUCACUGUCCAUCAACAAUCGGAGCCAUCCCGUGUGAAUCCGGAGCAACGAUAAACUCUAUUCACAUCUCACAUGAUUUUCACUUUGACCAUAAUGAUUAACGGUGAUGUAUCAAUGUUAUAUAUCAACUAUGUUAUUUGGCUGCCAGAUCCAACCUUAUAGAUAUGAUAAUUCAGUUGUAGGUAAUGAUCUCUUUUCAACAAUCCUCUUCAAUUAUAGCUGCGAAAUAGUCACAUACAUUACAAUCACACUUAUGAGGUUCUAGAUCUUCAUUAGUGGUUGAGAUUUUCAUUCGCCUUAUCUUCACACCAGUAGAAUAUCUGAGAAAAGGAUGUAUAUCUUUUACAGUUUUGUGUGGAAUAUGAUGUAAUUACCAUUUUCUUGGGAGGCAACGUUCAUAAUUUUGCUG